AUGGAACCAAAUCAAGUAAAUGUGGAAGAAAAAACUCUUAUUGAUCAUUUUUCUCCCAUUUCUGCUAAUCCACCAUCAUGCAUUAUUUUUCCUGAAACAAAUGCUACACAUUUUGAGCUGAAACCUUCCAUAAUUCAACUUUUGCCAUCUUUUUAUGGGUUAGGUAAAGAGGAUCCAUACAUGCAUGUAAAAGAUUUUUUAGAAAUUUGCUCUACUUUUAGAUUUCAAAAUUUUUCUGAUGAAUCUGUUAGGCUUAGACUUUUUCCAUUCUCAUUAAAAGAUAAGUCUAAAGCCUGGUUAAAUUCACUCCCAGCCCGAUCCAUUUCUACUUGGGAUGAAUUAGUUAAUAAAUUUUUGUCCAAAUUUUUUCCCAUGUCUAAAACGGAUAAUAUUAGGAGAGAAAUCUCCGAAUUUUAUCAGAAAGAUCACGACGAAUUUUAUGAAUGUUGGGAAAGAUUUAAAGAUUUAUUGCUAAAAUGUCCACACCAUGGUUUUGAAAAAUGGAGAUUGGUAAAAUACUUUUAUGAUGGAUUAUCUCCCUCAAACCGACAAAUGGUACAAUCAAUGCACACUGGAAAAUUUUUGCAAUUUAGAGGGGAUGAGGCUUGGGAGUCUCUUGAGAAUCUUUCUGUAAAUUCUCAACAGUGGAAUUGCCAAGAUCCUAGAUCGAAAGCUUCCAACACACCUAAGAGAGGUGGAAUUUACGAUGUCAAAGAUGACGUAGAUAUUAAAACAUCAUUAGCAAAUCUAACUAGGAGAGUUGAAGCUAUGUCAUUAAGUCAAUCCAUGAAUACUCCUAUACAUAGGAAUGAAAUUUGUUCCUUAUGCUAUAGUACAAGUCAUAGUGCCCAGUCAUGUCCAUCAUUACCUAUAUACCAAGAGGCAUUUUCUGAAGAAGUGAACGCUCUUCAAACUUAUGGGAAAUCAUCUGAUAGCCCAUUUUCUCAAUCCUACAAUCCAAAUUGGAGAAAUCAUCCAAAUUUUUCAUGGAGACAGAACCAGCCUCCAAUGAAUCAAGGGCACCAGUACAACACGCCCAAUCAGAGUCAAGCCCAACCUAAUAGGCCAUAUCCUCAACAACAAAGAAAACCAUCUUUAGAGGAUACACUACAACAGUUUAUGCAAACCACCCAACAAGCUUUACACACAAGUUCUCAAUCCCUAUUAAAGCUUGAAACACAAAUGGGUCAGCUUGCUAUCGCCGUAGCCGAAAGGGAAAAGGGAAAACUUCCCAGUCAACCCAUUCCAAAUCCAAAGAGUCAGUACGAGGUAAGUACAUCUAGACCUACUGAAGAAGCUAAAUCAAUUUCUAUCCUUAGGUCUGGAAAAAUUAUUGAAAAACCUGAUUACAUACCUCAAACUGAUGCUGAAAUAAACAAAGACUCAUUGAAAGAAAAUGAAAAGAGUCAGCCUGAAAGUUCACAUUCCAAAGACUCGGUUGAAGAAUCGAGUCAAACUUUAUCGUUCAUUCCAAAAGCUCCAUUCCCACAAAGAUUGCUCCCGAUCAAAAGAGGUAGUCAGUAUGGUGACAUCUUAGAGGUAUUCAAACAAGUAAGUAUAAAUAUCCCUUUCUUAGAUGCCAUUAAGCAAAUACCCGCCUACUCUAAAUUCUUGAAAGAUUUGUGUACUGCAAAAAGAAACACAAAUGUUCCGAAAAAGGCAUUUUUAACGGAACAAGUCAGCUCCAUAAUUCAAUAUAAAAGUCUUGUUAAACACAAAGAUCCGGGGUGUCCCACCAUUCCUUGUAUUAUUGGUGAUCAUGUGAUUAACAAAGCUUUACUUGAUUUAGGAGCUAGUGUGAAUUUAUUGCCUUAUUCUGUUUAUAAGCAACUUGGUCUAGGGGAACUGAAACCAACAUCUAUGACACUUCAGUUAGCUGAUCGUUCUGUGAAAAUUCCUAGAGGUGUCAUAGAAGAUGUUUUGAUUAAGGUAGAUAAAUUUUAUUUUCCUGUUGAUUUCAUUGUUCUUGAUACUCAUUUUGUUGAAGACAUAAGUGCUCAAAUUCCGAUCAUUUUGGGUAGACCAUUUUUAGCCACAUCAAAUGCAAUCAUCAACUCGUCGUAA